GCAGCAGCGGGCGAUGAUUUUUUAGCCGCUGCGUAAACAAAAUUAUUGUUAACAUAAAACGCAAGCAACAGCGAACUAACAAUUAAAGAACCGCGACGUGCGUGUGUUUGAAAUUGCUGUUAUUUAUACGGAAGAGCAAAUAAGAAUUAUUUUAAAAAACUAAUCCAGCUUACGAAGCUGUGUUUGUUGGAGGCGCGAGUGUGUGUGUGCGUUUUAGUGUUUGUGUGUGCGUGCGUGCGUUUGUGUAUGUGCGUCUCGGGCAGCGUAAAAGCGAAGUCGAAGAUAGCCCGAAUAACAGAGAAACAGAAGUUGUUGUAUAUCUGUCUGUCAACAUAUUUCGCAAGGCCAAAGUCAGCAAUCUAAAGAGAGUUAAAGGGCGAAGCAGGUGAAAAAAUUGAAUUAAAAAGAAAACAACAGUUAAGCAGCCACUAAAGCAAAAUCAACGGUACUUCAGUGCUAGCAAAGGGCAAAAGUGCAAAACUCGAAUAAACUGUCACAGGUCAAAAGUGACGCAUAGUCAACGCCAGCCAAACAGCCAAGCAGCCAAUUACAAAAAUAAAACAAAAAAGAGUUGAUCUCAAUUAGUUGAAACAUGAUGGAGCUGGAGCCUCGCGUGGCUAUAUUGCAGGAUCUGCGGCUACAGACCUUCGACUCGAUACGCUUUGCCUCGUAUCGCACAGCAUCCAAGUUGCGCUAUAUACAGAAAUCGACAAAUCUACAUUUGGUGGAUAUAUGGAACGUGAUCGAGGCAUUUCGAGAGAAUGGGCUGAACACACUGGAGCCGCAAAGUGAUGUGAGCGUAGCUCGACUAGAGACCUUGGUCUCAUCGCUCUAUCACAAUUUGAACAAGCGUUUGCCAACGGCACAGCAGGUGCCAGUGGACUCAAAGGCCGGUCUCUUGCUCAAUUGGCUGCUGGCUGCCUAUAGCAGCGAUAACUCUGGCAAAAUACGCGUUUUUUCCAUUAAAGUAGCGCUGGCUACCAUGUGCUCGGGCAAGCUGGUGGAUAAGCUUAGAUAUAUCUUCUCACAGAUUUCGGAUGGCGCUGGCCAGCUGGUUGCCUGGAAGCUGGGCGAGUUUUUGCGUGAAGUUUUAGCUUUGCCUGCGGCUGUUUAUGAAUCACCGACAUUUCAUUACAAGGAUGGGCUGGAGGAGGAGAUCUUUCCGGCUGAGAAUAAGGUCACCGUGAAUGAUUUCAUGGCAACACUUAUGUCCGAACCGGGUCCAUCGUGUCUCGUUUGGUUGCCGCUGUUGCAUCGGCUGGCAACCGUUGAGACAAUUGUGCAUCCGACGAUCUGUUCUGUUUGCCAUAAGGAAAACUUUACCGGAUUCCGUUAUCGUUGUCAGCGGUGCCACGCCUACCAAUUGUGCCAGGAGUGCUUUUGGCAUGGCAAGACAUCGCUGAACCAUCAAAACGAUCACGAGGUGAAAGAGUACUCGAGCUAUAAGUCGCCAAGCAAACAGAUCGGACACUCGUUGCGCAAAAGUUUUCGCUGUGUGCCCGAGAAGACGACGCAAGUGUUGCCACGAUUCCCCGACCAGCCCGAAAAGACACUCAAUCUAUCGCACAUUGUGCCCCCUUCGCCGUUGCCCUCACACAAUGGCUUCUCCGAUCCGGCGUUGGGUCAUUUACAUGGACCCGGUCCCGGACCGGGCCAUCAUCCCGGCAUCUUUGAUCGUUCCAGCACGCUGGAUUCACGUGCCACCGGUCGUAGUCUGGAUACGACAAUGUCACGGGUGGCCGCUGCCUCGGCCAACGAUGAGGAACAUCGUCUAAUUGCACGCUAUGCAGCGCGUUUAGCACAGGAGAAUCGAGCGCCCUCGAAUAUGCCGAAUGCGGAGAGCAUUACACCCAUUGGCACAGAUAAUUCGCGUGCACAGCGCGAACUGAUCGCGCAGCUGGAAUCGAAGAAUAAGGAGAUAAUGCGUGAAAUCGCGCGCCUGCGUCGACAGCAGGAGACUGAGCAAAUGGCACCGGAGAAUCCAGCGCUGAUCAAUGAGCUGCGCGCGCUGAGGCAGCGCAAGGGCGAGCUGGAGGGGCAUUUGGGCGCAUUGCAGGAUUCGCGGCGACAGUUGAUGGAACAGCUGGAGGGUCUGAUGCGUAUGCUCAAGAAUCAACAGACUGCCUCGCCACGCUCCACGCCCAAUUCGAGCCCACGUUCGGGCAAAUCGCCACCGAUGCCUGGCGGUGGAGCGGCAGGUGCGUCCACAGCAGCUGCUGGUGGUGGCGCCAUGAGCGCCUUGCAUGCUCAACAGCUGCAGCAGCUGCAACAGCAUCCAAUGCUGCGUUCCACACAGCAACAGCUACUGCAACAGCAGCAACAACAGCAGCAGCAACAAAAUCAAUCUUCCGCCAGCUUCAGUCAGAGCCAAAUGGAGCAGCUCAAUCAGAUCAGCAGCGAUAUGCGCAGCGCCUUUGCCGCCAAUGGCAGUGCAACCCCGUCGCCCAUAUUGAAUGCCAAUCCAAAUGCCGAUGCGGAGCUGAAUGAAGCUGCCGACAACAUAACAUCGGCCAUUUCAACGAUGGUCAGCGAUCUAAAUGCAGGACAAUCGAACAGCGUCGUCGGCGCCUUGCCGCAAACGCGUUUCAUUUUGCCUUUGGAAUAUCGCCACAUCGAAGGUCGCGAAUCGGCAAAUUCGUCCAACAGUUGCGAUUGCGAUUGUCAGAGUUACGAGCAGAUUUUUGGCAACGAUCGCGGGGAUGUCGAAUGUGAGGGCGCUGCCUCUGCGUUGACCACGCCCCUUUAUACAGAUCCCUUCGAUGGGGAUGCUGACUUUGAGGAGCAAUUUGAGUUGAAUCGUCUACUCGCCUAUCGCCAUCAUCCCGAAUUGUUCAUCGACGAUCACGAGGCGGGAUUUCCGGCCCUCCACGAGAUCGGUGAGACAAUCGAUGAGCUGCAAUUGAUAAUGCACGCUUACAUUAUGAAAUAUAGUUUGAAUAUAUAAAAGAAAACGAUUCUUCAGAUUUCGAUGAGAACCAAACAUAUAAUCCCGAAUGGAAUGAAAA